AUGGAAGACAAGAAAACACCGGCAUCAAUUCGCAAAGAUGUUGACAACGUUUCAUCUGCCGAGGGGCAGAUGGAUAGCACUACUACUGCAUACCAACGACUACCGGAAACCCUUCGAAAUAUGAGUGACGAAGAACUCAAGGAAAUGAAUGUCAAACUUGUACGCAAAGUUGAUCUCAUUGUAUUGCCGACUAUUGGUAUUCUAUACAUAUUGAACUACGUCGACCGUCAAAACUUGGCUGCAGCUAAGCUCCAGGGGAUUAUGGAGGAUUUAAAUUUGACCACUCAACAGUUCGCCACCGCGGUUUCAAUUUUGUUUGUGGGAUACUUGCCUUUCCAAAUCCCAAGUAACCUCAUCAUCACCAAGAUCUCCAGACCGGGCAUGUACAUCUGUUUAGCCGUGGCAAUUUGGGGCUGUAUCUCAGCCUCAACCGCGGCAGUCAAGAAUUAUGGCCAGCUACUUGCGGUCAGAGCCGUCCUGGGAGCCGCCGAAGCAGUCUUCUUUCCCGGCGCAAUAUACUACCUCUCUGCGUGGUAUACAAAAAUGGAACUGGGCAAGCGAAUUGCCGGUCUAUACAUAGCACAACAAGUGGGGAAUGCCUUUGGUGGACUGUUCGCCGCUGCAGUCCUGCAGCUGGAUGGUGUUCGCAACAUUGCAGGUUGGCAAUGGCUUUUUAUUAUUGAAGGUAGUGCCACGGUAGGUGUUGGGGUCAUUUGCGCCUGUGUUAUGCCCGAAUUUCCACACAACAGUCGCAUAUUAUCGCCCUUGGAACGCGACUUGGCAGUUUGGAGAAUAGAGGCCGAGGCCGGUCCCGCCGAAGGAUCAGAAGAUGAGAGUGCUCUCAGAGGUUUCAAACAAGCCCUAUCAGAUCCCAAGCUGCUUCUACUCAUAUUUUGCAACAUGCUGUCCCAGACACAAGGCUCAAUUGCGAACUACUUCCCAACGCUCAUGAGCUCCCUCGGAUUUUCUAGCACGAUCAGUUUGCUCCUUACUGCUCCACCUUACAUUCUUGCUGGCCUCGUUUAUUUUGGGAUUAUGUUUUAUUCCGACCGCAAAAACCAUGUCUUCUUCCUGAUCCUGUCAUGCAUCGCCAUUUCAAUUGUGAUGUAUAUCAUCCCCAUGACCACAGUCAACGUUGGAGCCCGGUACUUUUCCAUGAUGAUUUUACCUUUUGCAUCGGUGGGGCCACAGCUUCUUCUCUACAAGACGAUUAACCUCCAUCUGGCACGACCUGUUUCAAAGCGCGCAGCAGCAUCAGCUUUGGUUAAUGCCAUUGGAGGAACCUCAAACAUUUGGGCCUCAUACCUUUACUAUGCAGGCCCGCAUUUCUAUGCUGCAUUCGGGACGUUGAUGGGGGCUGCCGUUUUGUUUGCAAUUACAAUCACCGUCUAUCGAUGGCUAGUACUACGUGAGAACCAGCGACUGGACUCGGGCGACCCAGACAAGAUCGCGCAAGUAGUCAAGGGGGGUGUCACUGCCGAAAUGGUGCAGCUGAAUUGGCGCUAUGAAAUGUACUGA